AUGCUGUUGCUGGGAGCUAUUCUACUGCUAUUAGCUCUGCCCAGUCAUGGCCAGGAAACCACGACUCAAGGGCCCAGAGUCCUGCUUCCUCUGCCCAAGGGGGCCUGCACAGGUUGGAUGGCGGGCAUCCCAGGGCAUCCAGGCCAUAAUGGGGCCCCAGGCCGUGAUGGCAGAGAUGGCAUCCCUGGCGAGAAGGGUGAGAAAGGAGAUCCAGGUCUUAUUGGUCCUAAGGGAGACAUCGGUGAAACUGGAGUACCCGGGGCUGAAGGUCCCCGAGGCUUUCCGGGAAUCCAAGGCAGGAAAGGAGAACCUGGAGAAGGUGCCUAUGUAUACCGCUCAGCAUUCAGUGUGGGAUUGGAGACUUACGUUACUGUCCCCAACAUGCCCAUUCGCUUUACCAAGAUCUUCUACAAUCAGCAAAACCACUAUGAUGGCUCCACUGGUAAAUUCCACUGCAACAUUCCUGGGCUGUACUACUUUGCCUACCACAUCACAGUCUAUAUGAAAGAUGUGAAGGUCAGCCUCUUCAAGAAGGACAAGGCUAUGCUCUUCACCUAUGAUCAGUACCAGGAAAAUAAUGUGGACCAGGCCUCCGGCUCUGUGCUCCUGCAUCUGGAGGUGGGCGACCAAGUCUGGCUCCAGGUGUAUGGGGAAGGAGAGCGUAAUGGACUCUAUGCUGAUAAUGACAAUGACUCCACCUUCACAGGCUUUCUUCUCUACCAUGACACCAACUGA